AUGUCAAAUUACCCGGAGGAGUUCAACGAUCUCCAUAAACUCAUCUUUGGGAAUAACGAUCCCGUCGUUGACGAUUUGACAAUGAUAGGCUCAUGGGAGCGCGACCCAUAUAGCUUCUUUAGUGACUUUGUGGAUGAGCAGCUUGGCAGUCAGGUUGUGACUACCAGGGGCGAGUUGGGUGCCCCUCAACCAAAUCAUCUUCAACAAUUGGCAAUGGAGAAUCCAUAUCAAAUUGGAGAUCAGAGUACGACUCCAAACCUGUACCACACUGAAUACCAGUUUGAGAGGACAAGACCUCUCCCCGAGCCGAUGGGCUACUACGCUGACAACUCAAUGCCCGAAAGUGAGGCGAGCGUGAACACAAGUUUCCGUCUCAGCGAUAUCAACGAGACCAUGCCCAAAAGGGAGGCGAGCGCAACUAUAAGUCGCCGCCUCAGCGAUAUUACUGAGGAAGAUGAUUUGACCGCACAAGUGUUCGCGACGAAGCGCAAACGUAGUCAAGAGGACGAGGGGACCGAACCAGAAGGCAACCGACCAAAGUACGCGCGGAAGAUAAAUAAUGAGAACGCAAAAUACCGUUACCAGCUGAUGCGUUCAAGGCCAGAACCAUCGCGUCCUCAGGGGGUCGAGAGACUAUUCGGUAAUUUGAAAAGCGAUAUUAUCCCGAAGAGAGCCUACUAUCGCAAGAAGGGGGCCACCGCCACAGCAUCUGACCCACCCGUCCCUCAGUCGGCAAGCACGGCUGUCCCAGGAACUGGAGGAGAGGCUUCUUCCAGUACUUUGAACACAAGAAGUCGGCAGGCCAAUCAUCGCAGACACAUCCCGGUGGAGACCGUGCGCCAAACUGCCCCGGAGGGAUGGGAUCGUUUUGAUAAUGAGUAUUACUCCGGAGACGACAACGUUUCUGACGGCGAGAUCGAAAUACGAGGCAAGGCAAGCGAUUGGAAGCCUCCUCGCAUGGCGUGUCGACGCUGUAACAAGCUGAAGCAGCCUUGUGACCACGCAUACCCGGCGUGUUCUCUUUGCGCAAAGUACGGAUUACGUUGCCGCUAUCGUGAUGAUCUAACUGGCCGGCAAAUUAAGCCCGGCCAGUUGGAAGAGGUGGAGGUCGCACUCCACGACGCUCAGAGCGAGAUCAAGCGCCUGCGAGACGAAUUGAGAAAGUUGAAAGAAGGACAGAGUACUCGUGAUGACGCUCAACACUAG